AUGAUGUCCAAUUUCUCCUACGAGGAAUCAAACACUGCCAUCGAUUCAUAUCCCGGCUGGGAAAAUGAUUUUUCUGGAUUAUACAGAGAAGAUUUUGGAGAAAAAUAUUAUCAGCCACAUAUGAUUCGAUGGAAAUCUGGGAACAGGGUUGAUCCGAGGUUGCUGGUGCUACUAGAAUCUUUUAGGGAAAUUUAUGUUAGAAGACAUGAAUUUUUCAAGAAAAUUUUCCCAAAAAAUUACGAAGAUUUUGUGGCUGUGUUUAAGAAAACUGGUAAUGCUUCGAGGAAGAACAAAGAGAUGACAAGUUUUCGGACUCUUGGAAGGAGCCUCAGCCUCGGUUCAAAGAGGCCUGAACGGUUCAAAGUGCGGGCACCGAAGGUGAUUGUGGUGGCCGGAGGAGAUGGACAGGUUGAUCAAAGUGACAAGGGUGGUGAUGCUAAUUCCAAAAAUGGAUGA